CAACACCUUUGGAUCUUCAGUUGUUAUGAAUUCUGUUUACAUCAACUUGUUGCUUUGGUUUUCUUUUUAUUUCUUAUCAAAUCUUAGAUUUAGAUUAUGAUUUAGAUACGAAAGUUAAUCUGAUGAUCAGAUCUGAAUUCACCUUGUUCCAAAAUGUAUUUAAAUCAUUUGUUCCUCUUCAACAAUUUACGGAAUAAUUUACUAACCCAAGGGAAAAGUGUAAUCAGAAUAAUCAACAAAUCUAAACCUUUGGUAAUUUCCAAACAAUCAAAUGUUUCUUGUGCCUUUUCCUCAUUUAAUCAUCAUCGGGUUUCACCAUUGGCGAUAAAAUUUCCAAUUCAAUCAAGAUUAAUUCACACUAAUUCAGGUUUAUGGUCUGGGAAAUUGGUUUCUUUCAAUUUAUCUGAUAUCGGUGAGGGUAUUUCCGAGGUUGUGGUCAAGGAAUGGUUUAUAAAAACUGGUGAUGAAGUUAAUCAGUUUGAUUCAAUUUGUGAAGUUCAAUCAGAUAAAGCAAGUGUUACAAUUACAAGUCGCUAUGAUGGAGUAAUUGAAAAAAUAUAUUACGAGAUUGAUGAGAUCGCAAAGGUUGGAAAGCCGCUUGUUGAUAUUAGGCUUAAAGAAGAUGGUAAAGAAGGAUUAGUUCAAUCAAAUCAAGUUGAUCAAGUUGCUGAUUUAGAGGCUAAUCAAAUAUGUGACUCUCAGCCUACCAGUGUAUUGGAUUGGAAAGGUGACAAAGUGUUGACCACACCAGCGGUCAGAAGAAUCGCCUCUGAGAACAAUAUUAAAUUGAGUGAUGUUAAAGGCUCGGGAAGAGAUGGUCGGAUACUCAAAGAGGAUCUUCUCAAAUUCAUUGAGACAUCGAAAAAUGUAACAUCUAUUAAGGUGGAAAGUGAAACAUUCGUAAAGCCUCAGCCUCAGUCUCAGUCUUUUGAAAAAGUCCCGACAAAAUUUGUAACAACGGAGACAAUUAAGUCUCCGUUAGUGGACAAAAGUGUUCCCUUCACUGCCAUUCAACGAGCUAUGUUUAAAUCGAUGACACAAUCAUUGGCGAUUCCACAUUUUGGUCUAAGUGAUGAGGUUAAUUUAACUAAUCUGUUGAACAUUUUACCUAAACUUCGGGAACAAGCAUUAGCAAAAGAAAUCAAAUUAACUUUCAUGCCCAUUUUCAUCAAAGCUUUAUCGAUAGCUCUCAGUGAUUUUCCACUAAUCAAUUCAUCAAUUGAUGAGAAAAAUGAGAAAAUAAUUUUAAAAUCUUCUCACAAUAUUGGAUUUGCUAUGGACACUAAGGAUGGUUUAAUUGUUCCGAAUAUAAAACAUGUCGAAAAUUUAUCAAUCAUUGAAAUCGCUCAAGAAAUGAAGAGACUUCAAAUCGAUGGUGCCAACAAUAAAUUACGAAGAGAGGAUUUAACUGAUGGAACGAUAACUUUAUCAAACAUUGGAUCAAUCGGUGGUCUUUUUGGUAUCCCAGUAAUUCCUCCUUCACAAGUCGUUAUUGGUGCCAUUGGACAGAUGAAAAGUGUUCCUAUUUUCAACGAAAAAGAUGAAAUUAUCAAAGGAAAUUUUGUUAAUAUUCUAUGGUCAGCUGAUCAUCGAACCAUCGACGGGGCCACUUUAUGUAGAUUCUCAUCAGUUUGGAAAUCGCUUCUUCAAGAUCCAAUUAAGAUGCUCACCCAACUAAAAUAAUGUGACAAUGGAGACAAAAACAAACGAUUACUGUUACAGAGACAUUGCCAAAUUUAUUGACUAUUUUGACAUUAUUUGUUUACUAUGAAACUUGAUUAACUUUCCACUGAAUGUUGAAUAAUUAAAAUUAAUUCUAAUUGUUAA